CUAGGCGGUGCAACUUACUCAGUCUGAGUUGCAAACCACCUGCUUUGCAUUUCUUGGGGAAGCCCUUUGUCUGUCUCAGGGUCACUUUUGGUUGACACAUCUGAGGUUUACCAGCAAAAUAGGAUGCCUGGAGCCAGUGGCGUCAACGUGGAGAACUCCUGUGAGGCUCUGUGUCGAAACCUGGUGUCCCAGAACGGCCUCCAGAGAGAGACGGCUGACAUCUCCCAGUCUGUCCUCUACACCUCGCUGAUGGGACUGCUUCUGGUUACUGACGAUGAGAAAGAGCAGCUCACUUUAGGAAGUGGAAGGGUUGGCCUUAGAAACAUUGGGAACACAUGUUUCCUGAAUGCAAUAGUCCAGUGUUUGUCUCACACACGUGGUCUACGGGACUACUGCCUCCUCAAAUCUUACAGGCAUGAGAAGUUCUCCAAAGAGGAAGCAAAACUCAUGGAAGCUUUCUCUCAGGUGCUGUCAGGCUUUUGGGAUGUAAAUGAAGGAGACACAAUUGUAAAUCCACGACAAUUUUACAAUAUUUUCAGAGAAGCGGUGCCUUACUUCAGUGGAUACAGUCAACAGGAUGCUCAAGAGUUUCUCAGGUUUCUAUUGGACAAGCUGCACACAGAAAUCAACCGCAGGCCGUAUGUUCGACGAACAGGAAAGGACCCUGAGCAAAAAUAUACCCGAUUUAGGAUUUCGGAAGAGGCCGCUGCCAUGUGGAAGAAGCACUUAGAGAGAGAUGACAGCAGAAUAGUAGACUUGUUCUCGGGCCAGCUGCGGAGCUCGCUGCAUUGUUCAGUGUGCUCCCACUACUCCAACACAUUUGAUGUGUUCUGUGAUCUGUCGCUGCCCAUCCCCAAGAAGAGCUUCUCUGGGGAGGUCAUGCUGAGGGAUUGCCUGGACCUGUUCUCUCAGGAGGAGAAAAUGGACAAGGAGAAUUCACCUAUGUGUGAAAGGUGUAACAGGCGUACAGAAUGCACCAAGCGGCUGUCCAUCCAGAGGUUUCCCCAGGUUAUUGUGAUCCAUCUGAAUCGUUUCGCAACGUCAAGGUGGUCUAUCAGUAAAAGCACCGUGCAUGUGUCCUUCCCGAUCACUAACCUGGACCUCGGACCCUAUGGACCUGUUGAUUGCGGCCCUGUACUGUAUGAUUUAUAUGCAAUAUGUAACCACGCUGGGACGGUGAACAUGGGUCACUACACAGCCUGCUGCUUAGAUGAGAAUGGCUGGUGCUACUACAAUGACUCCAGUGUGACUCCAGUCUCAGAGAACCAGCUUCAGACCAAUCAAGCCUAUGUGUUGUUCUACCAGCGCAGCAACAGCACCGCCACCAUAAGGAAAUAGACUUCAGACUGGCUGAGGCAGGCAGCCAAUCAGAGCAACUUUACCUCCAGUGUCCAUAGAAACAAAUAGAAGCAGCAGUGCUGUAACACUGGCAUCUAUGAACUUCUCAAGCUCAAUGAGCAUGCCCUCAAAUAAACCCUGAGGAGCAGGAGAGAGAAACCAUGCUCACUUUAGGGGGGCUUUAAAAGGUGACCGGCCCCUCUAAAUCAUGGAGAGGCUGUUAUAUCGUCUCAGUGACAGUGAUAAGACAGUUCAGGCUGACUGUAGCCUUAACAGUCUCUGUGCCCUAGUUCUCAGACAGGAGUGAGCGAUGUACUUGCAC